GACGCCAGAAUCGCGUGUGCUACUCCCCGAAAGAGAGCCUGGCAACACCCAGGCUAGGUUCCACAACUUCUGUCUAGUUACUCGCUUUCCUAGGGGUAGAAAGCGUUUCCAAAGUUCCCUUAAACCUCUCCUCCCCUAAGCCUAAAGGUCAGAGCCUCAGGCCCCAGUUAGCUCUCAAGCCAGCCGGAAUCUGACCAUUUCAGAAGUUUCUGGUGUGUGCGAGAACAGAAGAGGUGGUAGUGGGGAACCGCCAGAGUUACCACCGCGCAUUACGUAACGAAAGCCCAGGCUGCAGGAGGGAGCGAGCCUGACAUUGAGACAUUGCAGGGGGAGGGGAGUUGCUGUUCUGGAGUCGCCAGGAACGGCGGCGGCAGUUCAAGAAACCAAGAGAGGAAGGUGGCCGAGAUAAAGACGACACUUCGGGAAGGAGAAUAUUAAGAAGCCGCAGGACCCAGAGUAUUAGCAAACGGCAGGACACGUGUAGUAAUUUGUUAGACGAAACGGCCGCCUUUCAACUUUUGCACGGGAACAAGGGGAUUUGCCCUUUGCGGGAUUAAAAACGUAACAGCAAAGCCAAAAGCUAAUGAAUGGGGUUCAGUGGUUUGUUGGCAAUACUUAAAUAUUUCUGUCCAGGACUUAAACAUUUCUGUCCAGGAGCGCAACUCUCUGCAGUUAUUUAGAAAGUAGGGAUUCAAACCAAACUAAAAUACUCUCCUGUGCGUCUCCACUUUCCUCAAUCCGAAAAAGAAGCUGCUCGCGCGGUACUGCCCCUUUAAGACCUGCUUGCUCUCGGGCUCUACAAAAGGGAGUGACCUCUGGGCUUUGACAGCUCCCCUAAUAACUACCACCGUGCAGGCCCCGCCCACCUGGCGACCAGCCGCGCCGAUUGGCCGGCGGGCCGGUAUCCCGUGCUCUGAUUGGCUCUCCGCUUCCCCUGAGCAAACCUUUAGAACUCCGAGACAGACAAUAUUCUGUUACAUUGUAGCAAAAUGGCGACUGUCAUUCACAACCCCCUGAAAGCGCUCGGGGACCAGUUCUACAAGGAGGCCAUUGAGCACUGCCGGAGUUAUAACUCGCGCCUUUGCGCAGAGCGCAGCGUGCGUCUCCCAUUCCUGGACUCGCAGACCGGGGUGGCCCAGAACAACUGCUACAUCUGGAUGGAGAAGAGGCACCGAGGCCCAGGCCUCGCCCCGGGCCAGCUAUACACGUACCCUGCCCGCUGCUGGCGUAAGAAGAGACGAUUGCACCCACCUGAGGAUCCGAAGCUGCGGCUGCUGGAAAUAAAACCUGAAGUGGAGCUGCCUCUGAAGAAAGAUGGGUUCACCUCAGAAAGCACCACCCUGGAAGCCUUGCUCCGUGGCGAGGGGAUCGAGAAGAAGGUGGACACCAGGGAGGAGGAAAACAUCCAGGAAAUACAGAGGGUUUUGGAAAAUGAUGAAAAUGUAGAAGAAGGAAAUGAAGAAGAGGAUUUAGAAGAAGAUAUUCCCAAGCGGAAGAAUCGGACCAGAGGACGGGCCCGCGGCUCUACAGGUGGCAGAAGGAGGCACGACGCCGCCUCUCAGGAAGACCACGACAAACCUUACGUCUGUGAUAUCUGCGGCAAACGCUAUAAAAACCGGCCGGGACUCAGCUACCACUACGCUCACACCCACCUGGCCAGCGAGGAGGGGGAUGAGGCCCAAGACCAGGAGACCCGGUCCCCACCCAACCACAGAAACGAGAACCACAGACCCCAGAAAGGACCGGAUGGGACAGUCAUUCCCAAUAACUACUGUGACUUCUGCUUGGGGGGUUCUAACAUGAACAAGAAGAGUGGGAGGCCGGAAGAGCUGGUGUCCUGUGCAGACUGUGGACGCUCUGGUCACCCCACCUGCCUGCAGUUCACCCUGAACAUGACCGAGGCUGUCAAGACCUACAAGUGGCAGUGCAUAGAGUGCAAAUCCUGUAUCCUCUGUGGGACCUCGGAGAAUGAUGACCAGCUCCUCUUCUGUGAUGACUGUGACCGCGGCUACCACAUGUACUGUUUAAAUCCCCCAGUGGCUGAGCCCCCAGAAGGGAGCUGGAGCUGCCACUUAUGCUGGGAACUGCUCAAAGAAAAAGCCUCAGCCUUCGGCUGCCAGGCCUAGGGCCCCAGGUCACAGAAUGGGGCUUGCCGCCGGAGAGGCUGAAGCAGAGCCCAGUUCAGAUCAGAUCGAGCCCCUACUCCUGUAUUUCCAGACAGACCAACUGUAAGGAACAUCAGUAACCACAGAGGGCGUGGACACGUGGAACCGAGGGGCGAGACAUCUGCUUAACUCCUACACACAGGUUUCUGUUCUUCAGCCAGCCCCUCCUGUUUCUGCCAGAAAGAUGGUAAACUUUUGAAGAAGGACCCCAGCCACAGCCCUGUGGACCCCCCUCACAUUUACCCUAGCACUGCGGCCCUCUCACUGGUUCCCAUGUAAGGAGCCACUGGUCCCAUUUUGUGACCACCCAUCAGUCACUCAUGCGUGGUUUGGUGUUUCCUAUCUAUUGUGUUCCAAGAAAUCUUCGCACAGCCUCCCUGCCCCCAGCUUAGCCUCUUCAUCCUGAACCCAGCAGAGGAGCAAAGAGCUGUGGAGAAGUUUUUAUUUAUUACAAGUCCCGCUGGAAACUUCUAGACUCGGAACCUAGAGGCUGUCUAGACGAUGGAGCCCUGAAAUCCCUCCUUGUUCCUUGGUCCCCGUGAAGAGGAAGAGCUGCUUCCCCAGCAGAUAUCCAGUGGCAUCCACAGCCAGGGCGAUCUCUUGAUGGGGCUGGGGGUGGGGGGGGAGGCCCUGAGGGGUGGAUGGAAAUGUUGUGAAGAUAAUUCUGAGGCCCCGCCAUAGCCAGUCAGUAUUUGCUGUCCAUCAGGAAUGGCCUGGCAAGGCACCGGACCUUCAGAGCUGGGGCAUCCUUGAGGAGAGACAGGCCACAGCCUGUGGCAGAGGAAGAGACCUAGACGCUGCCUUCCACUCAGCCUGGGUCUGGAGCUUUCCCUGGUGGGACUCAAGAACCAGGAAGGUGAGUGAAGGCUGCCAGGUCAAGAAUCUGAAGGUUGGUCCCAAGGACUGCAGCUCUGAGAAACCCUUCAGUAUUGAUGUGACACUACGAAUUCCUUUUCCCAAGUAAUUCCUUCCUUCCACAUAGUGUAUGUUUGCCAUUGUCUACUGAGACCUGACUCUUGAAAUUUCAGGAUGGGGGAGAAAUGAUUGUUCCCUAAACAAAUAAUUGGGGUGAUGUGAUUAUUUAUGACCAGGGCGACAAUCACACAGAAGCUUCAGCUCGAGGGCUGCUCCUGUCUCCUAAGCUCCCCAGUACAUGCUGGACUCUCCUUUUGAGAAGCCAGAGUUGGGGAGGCUCGGUUCCCAGAAGUCUGUGUUGGAAGUCAGCCCUGUGGGCUGGAGCGGACCGGGCUGCCUUUGACUCUCCGCAGCAGUGGCAACAGCAGCAACACACAAAAACUGACACAUUUCUGGAAAAAUCAUUUGCCUAAAGGACAGGUCUCGGUGAGCAGGACCCUGGCGCACGCUCAGCUUCCUUGACAUCAGCUCCAUCUCUGUGGUCUGGCUGCUUACAACAAAGGCCCAAGUUAUUUUUAGUCCUUCAGCUCCUGAAGAAGCCCCUGGAGCCCCAGAGGCUCUGGCCGCUUGGGCUACCUCUGCCGGGCUGCGGCCUUCUCGCCGAGACUUGGCAAGAGCCCUUCUUCCUGGCUAAUUGCUCUUGGCCGGCAGACUCCGGGCAGCCUGGCACACAGCCGAGCUGUGCUGGUCUCCCCCAGGUCCUCUACGGGGUGACCUGUGGCCAAUGACGGGAGUCAGUCUCCUGCAGGAGCCUGUGGCCUUGGAGGGGGUUCCAUGCAUACAUAAGGACCUCGUUUAAAGGGCCUGACCAGAUGAGAUUUUCAUCUUCCUCAUGAGAUAUUUCCUUCCCCCUGCUGGUUGGUGAACCCGUUUUGGAUUCCGGAGGCCCAGGGAGGGUCUGGGAAGUUGCUAUGUGGUCGCAUCGUCCAUUUACCCCGGGCGGGUCAUAUCAGAGGGCCAGUUUUCCUCUCCUGACCACGCCGGCUCUCUGUCCUCCCACAAAACCCAAAGUGAGCGUCCUCAAAGGCUGGUUAUUGGUUUUGAAAAAUCACCUUGAUUUAAUUUUAGGAAAAAAGUCAUCAAAAUGUUCUCAAAAGCCACAAAUGGCUUAAAAGUUAAAAAAAAAAGCAAAUCUGAAACCAAAAUAGUGACCCUACAAGUGACAGACCCUCUUUGGAGUGUGUGCAAAUCUGUUCCCCACCUCAACGCAGAUGAUGGGGUGGCUCUGUUCUCUCUCCAGCCACACUUGCCGCCACAGAAGCUGAGAGGGUAGGAUUGGGUCUCGCAGACCAAGGACGGUGCUGUAACCUUCCACAGGGAUGGGGGUGGCCAGGAGUCUGGACCAGACAUCAGGAAGGCCCAUAGUUCCCUUCCCAGUUUCACUCCCUGAAGGAUGGGCCCAACCCCUUCUUCUUUGGAGACCUCAGUUUCCCCGUCUGGAAAAUGGGGACAGCAAAGCCAGCUUGCGAGGUGGCACUUGCAGGACACUGCAAGCAAACAGAAGUCAUGGUCACAUUUAUCACCUUCUGUAUUGAGAAAAGGAAAGUGUUGGUCAACAAUUGCUCUUUCUUUGAGCCCCAGAGAAUGAACUAGAAUCACAGGGUGCACAUGGAUGGUCAGGGUUUUUGUUUUGCCCCUGCCAUUGAGUAGCUGUGUGACCUUGGGCAAAUCACUUAACAUCUCUGAACCUCAGUUUGCCCAGCUGUGAAAUGGAGAAAAUACUUGUCCUGCCUGUCCCACAGUGACAUCAGGAGUCUUAAAAAGCAUAAUGUUAUAUAAAUCAUCCCUGGAGAGCUGGGCUUGUCAAGUAGGGGCCCCAAAUAAUUUCUACACCCCCUUUCUUGUGUGAGUUAGCCAAGGUUAGACGCCUUCUUGGAAUCUCCAUUUUGACCAAAGGGGGUUUAUGUUUUAAGGAAGAGGCUGCCUGUGGUCAGGGCCACUAGGUCAAGCUGUGACAAGAAAACUGUGACCGAGCAUGGAUCUGUGGUGGAAGGUGAGAGAUCUAUCCCGAGGCUGGGGAUUUCAGAAUGAAGAUGCUCCCUUCUAUAAGGUCAACACAGCCUAGAAUGGGGUGCUAACUUCUGGAGAGGGCUAUAAUUCAGCUCAGUGUAACAGUCACUUAAAAACUUUGGUUUAAAGCCCAGCUCUGUUAGUUUCUAGCUGGUUGACCUCAGGCAAAUGACUUAACCUCUCUGAGCCUCAUUUCCCACAUCUGUGAGGCUGGGAGAUAUGGCUUCUCCGGCAGGGUUUUUGUGGGGACGAGAGGUAAUGCUGCUGAAGGUCCGGGCAUGGGCUCUGGCGUGGGGAGGGACCCACACCUCGGUAGUUCUGGUCACUGGGUCCAGAGGCCACCACGUGGAGAUAAUGGUGCUGUUGCCUCACAGCUCAAACCCUGGGAACAGCCAGGGUGCCUUUCUCCUGCUUCACCCCGAUGUUGUGGCUCCCGCCGACCAGAGAGGAGGUGAGGCUGCGGGAUCCCAACCGGAAGUUGAAACCCUCUGUUUCCUGUGGGUAUUUUUGAAACUGCUUUUCGGGCCUGUAGCAAAUCCAGUUGGAGGCACUGGCGUGAGGAAUUAGAGACAAGGCCCCUGCCAGGAGAUUUACCUUCCGGCGGCUUUCCUUCUAAACCCCCCACUGGCUCAGAGCCCCUAAGGCAGGAGCCAGCAGGUCCCAAUGAGCCCCUGCUCCUGUCAUUGCCCCAGGGUCAGGUAGGGAGCCAGGCAGGCCUAGGAGAGCAGCUGCUUCCCCAGGCUCAGCACAGGCCGUCUGGGACCACGAGGCCAGC